AUGAAGGAGCUACAGAGGAGAAGACGACGACAGGCUGUAGCAGCCAUUCUGGUGGUCUACACAACUGCGUGUGUCGACCCUGUCAAGGCCUUCUCUUCGUCGUCAUCGUCGUUUGCCACAACGAGUGGCUGGACACGCAACAACCAUCGAACAGAGACUGCCGUGUGGGCUACUGUGGAGAAUGAUACUGCAACAAACCCAUUGGAUUCGUCCUACUUUCUGGAACGGAAUGGGAAGAAUGUGCACCAUGUGCCAAGUAGCAGCAGCAAUGGGCAGCGAGGAGACGAAGAAGACAAUUGGUUCUCGGAUCACUACAUGAUGCAAUCCCAAGAUUCCUUUGAUGAUUCCUUUGUCAAAAUGGAAGAACCUUUCUUUGCCCAGAAGAUCACGACACCGUUGGUCAUUGUGAGCAAUGGCCAUGGAGAAGUCGUUGCCAAUGGGUUCAGUCGUAAUGGAGCUCCAUCGCCAACUCUUGUCUCAUCCACACCACCUCCUGUCAAUGGAAGGGCCCAGCAAACCAAUAAUGGUCGUAGACAACCAGUGCAAAUGGAUGUUCUCGCCUCCUUUGACCAGAAAACUGCCACUCCCCUCAGGAAUGCGACAAAGACGUCUCGGGUGCGAAGAGCGUUUCGCGCGGUUCGCCAUGCCUGGGGACAGGUUUCCCCCGGACGAAUCUUUCGCGACAACACAGAUUUUGAAGUGGCAUCGGCGUCGCCUCAGCCCAAAGAUAUUCCUGCAGAAAAAGCCAAAAAGAAGAAGCAAGCCAAAGAGGAAGCCAUCGUGGCACGCCAGAGCCUUCGAAAGAAGCGACGUCUUUCCAAUUUGCUCGAACGAGUCAAUCGACGAAACACCAAAAAGAUGGCCGGUAUUACAUCACGGACUCUGACCGGGCUGAUCCAUGCACUGGCCGAAGAAGCCGAGGGAUUGUCGGUGCGAAUGGAUGCACGAGAAGAAACUCCAUUCUGGAGAAAGCAAAUUGACACGGUCAGCAUUGAAUUCACACGGUUAGGGUUCAAGCCACUGCACAUGGGAGGACCCGAUCAGCAGCUCGUGUCACAUGAUGAUGAUCCUGCUGUGGUGAAGAAGAAGCAAGACAAACAGCAGGUACAGAAGGAGGUAGCUGCAGUGAUCGCGCCGACACGACAAGAAGCACAACCAGAACCAGUCAACCAACAAGCUCUUCUGGAAGAAGAAGAGGAUGAUGAGUGUCCCGUCAAAUUUACUGCAGAUGAAACGGGGCAUCCGAUUGCGGAGAUUUCUUGUGCCGAUACGGCAUUUAGCCAGAUUGACGUGGACAACUCGGGGGCGCUGGAUAAGGACGAAAUCGCUGAUGCGCUCGUCAUUGCGGCAUCUGCGUCCUCGUCUUCUGGGAUCACAGAAAAUUCGGAUCCCGAGGUCGAAGAUACCAAUCGCAAGAUGAUUCAAAAGCUUGCCAAACAGCUGGUGGAUCUCUAUGACGCAAAUGACGAUGGCGUCAUUGAUCGGGAGGAGUACCAGUCCAUGGUGGACGACAUGGCAGCCUUGAGACAAUUGCAAAAGGAAAAAGAAGGACAGGAAAACAACCCCAGCCAAGAAGAAAAAGGCGGACCGUGGUGGGCAUCUGCGAUUGGGUCCGUCCUUCGUUUGAACAGUAACAAAGAGCAAGAGGAAUCGCUGGCUGAUAUUGCCGAUGGUGCGGGCGUUGCAGCAAUUGCCGAUUCUGUACCAGAAACAACCGGUAAAAUCGUGAUGGAGAAUCUCAAAAUAGAUCUGAGACAACUGGUGUUUGGAGCUAUACCCAUUCUCAGAUAUAUACUACCAGGUGGCCCUCUGGUCUUGGAACCCAUGAAGGCCACUGUGAUAGGCUCAUUCAGUGCCGAUGACAUUAUGAAGUCCUCGCUGCUGGACGCUGGGCUGCGGCAGCUGGUGAGCUUUGCACUGCGAGUGAGAGUGCGGUCCUUUAGGGAUCUAGCAGAUGGCGCCGUCUUCUAUGGACGCAAAUGGAAACGUGGAAGCGCCAUUGCUCCUUUGGUCGAAUGUACCGAGUUGACCAGUGUUGAAUUCGACGACAAGGAUCGAAUCAUUGUCACGGGCAGAGCAAAGGUCCGAGCGAGCAAGAACGCCCCUGUCAUUGACAACAGCUUCAAGCUUCGCACCAAGGUUGCCACGCCUCGAAAUGGAAGAGCGAUCAAGCUGUCAGAACCGGAGAUUGCCAUUGUGCUGGAGUGUCCGAAACAGUGGGAGCAAAACCUCAACUCAACAUUUGCGAGAAUGAAGAUGAAGCCUCCGUCCAAACCAAAACCGAUCUACACCUACAUUCCAAUCCACUCGCCCUUCAAGAAAGAUGAUGACACAGGGGGCUACUACAUGGGAGAGGACAACCGGCUGAAUUCCUUGUCUAUUAAAGACAAAUGCUUGAGGUUUGAGAUGGAAGCAAUAUUGAGACCUGGGCGCUUCCUGGGAAGCCACUAUCUUGCGUUUACUGUACCACAGCGAGCCUUGAUCAUCACCGUUGACCGUGUCAGAGAGGGAAUGAAGGCUGCUCGUAGAAGGAAGAAGGCACUGAAAGCACUCAACAAGGCACGCGCCAGAGAAACCGACAGGAAGGCACACCACGCAGAAGAUGCCCUGGCGUUGGACAGCGCAGAUUUCGCAACCGCUUCAGAUGGCGCUUCUCCAACCUUCUCUGGUUCCGGCGAUUCCACAGAUAACGACGGCGAUGACAAGGAGGACGGAGAAGCUCCGAAGGGCCCGAGCUUUAUUUCUAGAUUUGUGGAUGGAUAUCUGCAGGCUGGUGCUGCUGAAGAGUCCAAAGAAAAACUCGCUCAUGCUAUAAGCGACUGGUUCGGAAGGCAAGGUGGCAAGAAAGCACAGACGGAGGGAUCCAACUCGGCUGCUGGAAUCGAGUCACCCAUGACGAAAAGCGAGGUAUCACAAAUUGUCGAGGACAUCACUUUCGAGCAGUUUCGAAAGCUUUCUGAAAGGUAG